AUGGAUAUUAUGGGACCCAUUACCCUAGCAUCAGCCAAUGGCCAUUUACAUAUAUUGGCAGCCCCCAACUACUUCUCUAAGUGGGUCGAAGCUGUUUCACUAUGGAGAGUAACUGGUAAGAUAGUGGCUGACUUUAUUUGUCACCAUAUCGUGUAUAGAUUCGGGGUAUCGGAUAUGAUUAUAUCUGAUAACAACUCUUCAUUCAUGAAUGAUCACAUUCGCCAAUUGACUAGUCAAUUUAAUAUCGACUGGAGGUACCCAUCCAUGUACAAUCCAAGAGCAAAUGAACAAGACGAAGCCUUUAACAAAAGCCUUUGCAAGAUAUUGAAAAAGACCAUGAAGAAGGGUCAGCGUGAUUGGUAA